UGUCGAAGAUAUGGAUAAUUUUCGCGUUAACAAUGAAAGUGUCCUUUUGCGUGGAGAAAUUUUGGCUUCCAAAUUUGGAGUGGGAAAGGGUUGAAAACUGGGUGGAAAAACGAUUACCUGAAAUGGAUACACGCGUGAUUUUUCCAAUUCAAAUGAGACACGCCGCGGGGAUGUCGCAAUCUUUUAAUCUGAGAUUGUCCGGGAUCGAUCUAGCUAGAUCUGGGUCCUUGAUUCUGCCGAGAAAUGGAAAUUUGCAGUUGAGCGAAGCGGGAAAAUCAACGAGGAAAACAAGCGAAUGGUUGAGAUCAGGUCACUUGUUUUGGGCGGAUCCACAGAACUGGAAUGGCAGUUCAAUAGCUGCACCUCAUCUCGAGCAAGUUCCAUGUCGUCAAGAUGAUAUAGUGCUACCAGAAAAAAAGCGAACGUUUAGUGUCUUUCUGCCAAUGAAGUACAUCGAGGUGAAAUCGAUCAGGACCUCCGGCGAGAAGCAUCCCUUGGCCGCGUGGCAAUGGGCAGAUUUGGAAAAUCGAAGGGAAUUUGCCAAAGGAAUAUUUACUGUGAAGUACGCAGACUACAGUUGCGAGAAGUGUUCCUGCCAGGACGAUCCCAAUGGUUACUAUCUCGAGGAAAUUUGCGCCAUUCAGAGGCCAAAGUGUGGAUUUAUACCUUGCGAAUAUCCUUUAUGGGUAGAAGGCCAUUGCUGUCAUUAUUGCGGUGCUCGAUUGUCUUUGACAAAUAAAGCAUCUUUAUCGAUAGUUCGAGCUGCAGCAGACGAAACUUUGGAGGGAUACGGAAAAAGAUUUGCUUGGCACGUCAGACGUACUUGGAGCGGUGCAGCAGAGGUCCUAAUAAAGGAAAAGGGCGCCUAUUCAGGAAUAGACAUGCUGAAAAUUGUGGACGAUUUGAAAAGGGCUUUGACAAGUAUGAAGAUCGAAGUUCUGUCGGCAGACACUACAGGAGCAGCUUUGGAAGACAGUCGACUUACCGUCACACUUGUUCCACUCUUUGUCACACCAAUGGUCAUCCUUAUGCUCCUCUUCCUUAGCUGCUUCUACUUUGGCUACUCUCACAGGCAUGUGCUGUCAGGCUGCAGAGAAGUUUUCUCGUCGAUCAGGGACGGAAUUCGCCCGGACAAAUCUCAGCCAGGCAAACCAUUCAGUUUCGCUCGUUUCGAAAACCUCUCAGAAGGCAACGUCCAAAUUGCAAAUGUGGUCGUUGAAAGUGAAACAAAAGCGGAAGGGAGUAAAAUAGAAGUUGAGGAUCCUUUUUCAGGUGGAAGAUUCGAAAAUCCUUUGUACAGAACGAAACGAAGGCGAAACGAGGAGAGCGAGGUCUUGAACAUGGAAGCUCCAUUGAGCUUGACAACUCUCAGGGAUAAAGUGGAGGAUGAAAUCGUGGAAGUGGACUUGGAUAUCAAUGAGUAA